UUGCAAUUGCACAAAAAAUUUACGGACAUCAUAUUAUUGACGUGAUGGCGAGUGAAGGACUUCCUAAAAGUCAAGACCUCGAUGACUUGGAGACGCGUUAUGUCUUGGAUGGAAAUGCCAGGUUUCGUCGACUGGGCUGGAAACGCCUGACGAUUAUUUCGACAGUGGAGGCAAUUGCUCUGGGGAGUUUGAGUUUGCCUUCGGCCUUUGCUACGCUGGGGAUGGUCGCUGGUGUGAUCCUGACUGUUAGUAUCGGUCUGAUUGCCAUGCAUGCAGGAUACAAUAUCGGACAGGUUAAGCUCAAAUACCCCAAAGUUGGUCACUAUGCGGAUGUUGGUCAGCUUUUGUUAGGGAAUCUGGGAUCCAAGAUUUUUGUUGGCAGCUUCGUGUCCCUGUUGAUAUUUGUUAUUGGAUCUCACUGCUUGACCGGUGCAAUUGCGUUCCAGACCAUCACUGAAAGCAACGUGUGUUCGGUGGUGUUUAGUGUUGUGUCGGCUGCAAUUCUGCUGGUGCUCGCCAUUCCGCCAUCAUUCGCGGAAAUUGCCAUCCUGGGCUAUAUCGACUUUGCCUCGAUCAUUAUUGCCAUAGGGGUCACGAUGAUUGCGACGGGCAUCCAACACUCCGAUGGUUCCAGUGCCUUCUCCGACAGUAUUCCAUGGUCUGCAUGGCCGAUGCCUGGCACUACUUUUUCGGAGGCUAUUGUGGCCACCAACAAUAUUGUUUUCGCAUUUUCUUUUGCGGGAUGUCUGCCAUCUUUUAUGGAAGAUAUGCAUACGCCUGAGGAUUAUGUCAAGACACUGUGGUGGCUGGGCGGCAUCCAAAUCGUGAUCUAUACCCUCACAGGAUCGAUCAUCUAUGCGUUCGUGGGGCAAGCGGUGCAAUCCCCUGCCUUGCUAUCAGCCGGUCCGGUCAUCUCCAGGGUGGUCUUUGGCAUCGCACUCCCCGUCAUCUUCAUCUCGGGCUCCAUCAACACAACAGUGGUAUGCCGAUACAUCCACGGAAAAGUGUACCAUGACUCUCCCGCCCGCUUCAUCAACACUCCUAAGGGUUGGGCUACUUGGCUUGGCCUUGUGACUCUUGUUACAGCCCUAGCUUGGGUGAUUGCCGAAGCGAUUCCGAUUUUCUCGGAACUGUUAUCGAUCAUCUCGGCAUUGUUUGUUUCGGGUCUUUCUUUCUACAUUCCCCCCGUCAUGUGGUAUAUGCUCUUGAGAGAGGGCGCGUGGUACGAAAAGCACAACUUGAAGGCUGCGUUGUGCAAUGCGGUGGUGUUUAUCGUCGGCAUGGUUGUUUUUGGAUGUGGUACUUACUCUAGCAUUGCUGAGUUGGUUCGGGAAUUCCAGUCAGGGUCUAUAAGCAAGCCGUUUACGUGCUAGGUUGUUAAAUCUGGAUGAAUGUUAUGUCGAUUGGGAAAUGUGAUCACGUCUAUUGUAUUGUUGAG